CUCUCUCUCGAAUCCGUGAAGGCAUUUUAGGCAUUUCCGAGGGCCCUUUCGUCAAUUCCUUCAAAACCCCGCCAGAGGUUGAUCUCACUUCCAGUUUGAAAAAGCAAACGGCGCGAGAGCUCUCUGCUCUCUUGAAUUUCCCAAAAUGCUCCUCUAUUCCCCUUCUUCCCUCCUCCUUCCCAUUCUCUUCUCCGUCCUUCUGCUCCCUAGAGCUCUCCCAUCUCCCCAAAAACCCGAAACCAGAUCCGAUGGCUUCCAAUCCGACACCGUUUCGGAAGGUGAAAGAACAGCCGUCGGAUCUUCUCCGCAUCUCAAUCCCUUGAAAUCUCCUCUCGCUCCGGGGCUCUUCGUCUUCGGAGACUCCACCGUGGACUGCGGCACGAACAAUUUCCUUGGGACGCUCGCCCGUGCCGAUCUUUUGCCUUACGGGAGGGAUUUCGACACGCACGAGCCGACGGGAAGGUUCUGUAAUGGACGGAUCCCCGUAGAUUAUAUCGCAUUACAUCUGGGGCUCCCGUUCGUGCCUGCAUUCCUCGGACAGAGCGGUAGUGUGAAAGACAUGAGUCAAGGAGUGAAUUACGCUUCUGCAGGUGCCGGAGUUCUCUUCUCGAGCGGAUCAGAUCUGGGACAGCACAUCUCCCUAACACAGCAGAUUCAGCAAGCAAUGGAUACCUUCCAGCAGUUUGUGUUGAGCAUGGGAGAAGAGGCAGCAAACGAUAUGAUCUCAAAGUCGGUCUUCUAUUUUUCUAUUGGAAGCAACGAUUAUAUACACUACUAUCUGCCUAACGUUUCAAGAGUGCAGUCUCUUUUCCUGCCAUGGGAAUUCAACCAGCUUUUAGCAGCCACAAUAAAGCAGGAAUUGAAGAACUUGUACAAUGCUAAUGUCCGGAGAGUGGUGGUCAUGGGGAUGGCUCCUCUCGGUUGCACUCCUCACUACUUAUGGAAAUAUAAUAGCCAGGAUGGGCACUGUGUAGAAGAGAUAAAUGACAUGGUGAUAGAGUUCAACUUUGCCAUGCGGUAUGUGAUUGAUGAGCUCCGUUGGGAGCUCCCUGAUGCCAAGGUCACCUUCUGCGAUGUGUUUGAAGGUUCCAUGGAUAUACUCAGAAAUUACCGGCAUUACGGUUUUGAGACUGUCACCGAUGCUUGCUGCGGGUUAGGUCGAUAUGGAGGUUUGAUCAUGUGCAUAUCACCAGAAAUGGCUUGCGUUAAUGCCUCGAACCACGUCUGGUGGGACCAGUUUCAUCCAACUGAUGCGGUUAAUGCUAUCAUUGCAGACAAUGCGUGGUCUGGCCUGCAUGUAGACGUUUGUUAUCCCUUGAACUUACGGGACAUGGUACCAUAGACGGUAUGAGCCAGUCAUGGAUGUCAGAAACAAUCAUUGCCUGAAAACCCAGGGAAGCGAACUUGGGUCAGGCAAUGGUACACACGCAGUUGCGGGUGUGUGACAAGCCACAUUUUCUCCACAAGAAGUUUUUUACAAAACCAUUUCUUGAAGUUUCAUGGUAGUAUUGUAUAUUUGCAGCAGCAGUUUUGGCUUAUGUUGCUUUGCCGCUUGUUAUGGUUGAUGGUGUUUGUCCACAAAGUCAUAUACAUCAAUAUGUAGUGUUGUUCUGUUUCUCCAA